AUGUGCUCUUACGACACCUGGAAGGUGUAUGCUCACUUUGCCACAGAAGUUGGCCGACUGAUGGUGCUCCAUGGCUUGCGACAUGAAUCGGAGGCGGUUCUGGCCAAGGCUUUGCACUGGCCACCUACAACCUCUGACAAAGAGAAGGCUUCCAAGAUGAUUGCUUGGCAUCUUGAGCUGCUCAUGCAGAAAUUUAGAGACAAGUUCUUCGAGGAUGUGAAUGAUGCCACUGCACGUGCGAAGGCUUCCGCAUGGUACGAGGUCGCGUACGAAGGAGGACACAAGGAUCGCUCUCGGCGAAGAUGUUUUGCUUGGAUCGUGUACGAUGUCUUGUACGACAUGACCCACGACGUUCAGACAAAAGGCCAGAAGCUCCAUGGGCGCGCGCAGGACUCACGGGAGGCCGUGUGCUUGAUGGUGGGCGACGGAGCGCGAGCUGAGCUACGUGAGCAGCUUCCAUGGAUGCAGCAGGUGGUUGCGAGCAGGCUAGCCACGUUGGCAACGGUACAGCAUACCUUGGACCUAUACUGUGCGAAGCUAUGCGGGAAGUCGGACAGCUUCCGGCUUUUUUCUUUACACCCAUUUGGAUCAACAGCCCUCGGUCUUUGUGAGCAAGAGUCUGAUCUGGAUGUUUGUGCCGUGGUCCACCCGGAAGCAUUUGAAGAGCUCAUCCAGCGGAGCGACUUGGCAGAGUUCAAGCGCUGCACCAGCCAGCAGCAAGCAAAGCAUUUUCUGCGAAACGUUCUUUCUCCGGCCUUGGAUGCGAUUUCCGUGGAGAAGAAGGAGGUGCUCGAGGCCCGAGUACCCGUUUUGCGUCUCAGCCUGCGCCAAGUGCUGGACACGAUGGACACGGACGACGAGCAGAGAGUCGAUGUCACCUUGAGCGACGAAGGAUUGCUGAAAGCGGAGCACUUCUACAAGGUCCUGCCUGCAUCGAGUCCUGCAGCUUACGGCGCGAUAGUGCUGCUCACGAUGUGGGCCCGGGCCGUGGGCCUUGUGCGUUCCAGCAGCACGGAGGCAUUCUGCGCAGGAGCUGGAGAAGCCGUGCUUGUGCCCGGCGAAUGGCAGGCUCUUCUGCUCUUCAUCGUGAAGAGAGAUGACGCGUUGCGACAGACGAUUGAAGCGUGUGCUGGUACCUGCACAGUGCAGACGACAGAGGUGCAAGGCCGUUUGGCUCAGCUGAUGGACUUCGCACAGGUUGCGACGCGUGAAGCUUCUGCCGACUUGGGCAGGCUGCUGUACGCCUUCUUGGCAGCCUUGAGGGAUCUCCGAGAUGAAGCUCUUCGCUUUGACUGGCCCAUCAGUGGCUGUCCCUUUCAUGAGCUGGCAAGAGGGGCAUGCAAGACAGUGGCGCUUUAUGCGAAGCAUGCCUCCGAGAUUCUUUCUCUCAGCCGCCGCGUGCAAACGAUGCUUCGGGCUUGCCCGGGGACGAGCGGGGCGUCGAUCUCGAGGCGACUGUCACGUGCGCUGUCACACCGACUCUUCAGCCACCGCGCCUUCCACGAGACCUACCUUCGUGACGUCUCCGGCGCUUCUGUGCAGUUGGAAGUCUUUGAGGGAUCGGAUGUGCUGUAUUUAUCUGCAUCGGGGACGCGGGCCCAGAUUCUUGAGCUCCAGCGUGAGCUGCGGCGCUACACCACAGCAGCCCUGGCCUUGGGAAUGCCGUCCACGAAGGCAUCUAGAUACUUCAUGGAAGGAUCUACGCGGCUUUUGUUUGCAGGGGCAAGCAACCUCAAAUCGCGCGUCCGAUUUGUGGAAGCAAUGGGUGCGUAUGUGCCUCUACAUGCUGCUUGCGAGCGCAUGCUGCCCUGCCUGAAUACCGUUGACCAGACAGGUAGCUGGCAGGACUUGGCGAUGCAGCGGUUCCUUGACCUGUGGACGGGCCAACUUGCCCAGCUGCGUGCCAACAGCCCCCAUCUUCUGGACUCCUUGGCUGUCCGAGUUCGGUUUGGCACCAUGUACUUGAUCGACGUCAGCACAAAGCUGCCCGAGACCUCUGCAACGUUGUCCGUCGACGAACUGGAGGAGGCCGUGGUCAAGAACCGACGCAACCGGAAGACGGCAGACCGUGUGGCACCUGAGCCAGUGGCUCUCGAGGAGCGCUCAAAGCCGACUGGCCGGCCGGAGAUGGUGUUUCUGAAGCCAACGAAGGGCUUUGCCACUCUUCCACAAAAGAAGGGCAAGCGGGAGAUGCGCAAGAGGAAGCAGCGUGGUCUGGGGAACACAUUCUGCCCUGGAUUGCUCAAGGACAACCAGCCCUCCGAAGCUAUUCAGCAGCAAUGCUUGAGCUGGUAUUGUAAGGCAUUGCUGGACUCUGGCUUUGAGCUCAAGGAUGACGCAGACAAGCACAAGCAGUGGACGAUGGCGAUUUCAGCUUCCAGCUCGUUUGAAAUCGAUUGGCGGCUUGACCAUUCGCUUCGCACAGUCUUCAUCAACGAGCGACCGCUCUGUUGGGUGCACGCAACCCUUGUCGCUGAUCGGGCUGGUGGUAAGGCAGAGAAGCCAGAGAAGUCUGAUUUGCUCAAGGCUCACGACAUUCGCUUCAAGGUCGAGACGACAGAGCCGAUCAAGACGAGCAGCAAGUGGUAUGAUGCCGUUGUCAGCAACACCAAGCCAAUUCGAGUAAACAAUGGUAUUCCAGCGGUGGAUUCAAGUGCUUCCCCCUGGCUGCGCGACAGGCUUGGAUUCGUGAGGCGUACUGACUUCAGGAAUGAAUAUCGAAAGCAGCAUGCCGUUCCUUCUGGAUCUUUGCGGAUGGAUGCAGAAGUUUCCCAAGGAGAAGAGUUCAUGGGCCGCGACUUGGGGCUGCGACGAAAGUUUUGCGAGCUCAGCCUGAAAGUGCAAGCAGAGGACGUGAAGAUGGCACUGGAGCACGGAAUGCUGGCAACAAGGUUGGUUGGGGAGACUUUGUGGAAGACUGCGCUCGAAGUGUCCAGCCAUCUUUCGCCAUAA